AUGGCCGAUGCCGCGACAAACGGGCGGACGGUGCCCGUCGUCAACGGCAAGGCCUCCUACGCACAAAAGCACAAGAUCGCCGACCACUUCAUCGGCGGCAACAAGCUGGCGAGCGCCGCCACGAGCAAGGUCAAGGACUUUGUCGCCCAGCAUGACGGCCACACCGUCAUCACCAACGUGCUCAUCGCCAACAACGGCAUCGCCGCCGUCAAGGAGAUCCGCUCGGUGCGGAAGUGGGCCUACGAGACGUUCGGCGACGAGCGGGCCAUCCACUUCACCGUCAUGGCCACGCCCGAGGACCUCCAGGCCAACGCCGACUACAUCCGCAUGGCCGACCACUACGUCGAGGUGCCCGGCGGCACCAAUAACCACAACUACGCCAACGUCGAGCUCAUCGUCGACAUCGCCGAGCGCAUGAACGUGCACGCCGUCUGGGCCGGCUGGGGCCACGCCUCGGAGAACCCCAAGCUGCCCGAGUCGCUCGCCGCCUCGCCCAACAAGAUCGUCUUCAUCGGCCCCCCCGGCUCCGCCAUGCGCUCCCUCGGCGACAAGAUCUCGUCGACCAUCGUCGCCCAGCACGCCGAGGUCCCCUGCAUCCCCUGGUCCGGCACGGGCGUCCGCGAGGUCGAGGUCGACGCCCACGGCAUCGUCACCGUCCCCGACGACGUCUACAGCAAGGGCUGCGUCGCCUCCUGGCAGGAGGGCCUGCAGCGCGCCAAGGACAUCGGCUUCCCCGUCAUGAUCAAGGCCUCCGAGGGCGGCGGCGGCAAGGGCAUCCGCAAGGCCGUCGCCGAGGAAGGCUUCGAGGCCCUCUACAAGGCGGCCGCCAGCGAGAUCCCCGGCUCGCCCAUCUUCAUCAUGAAGCUCGCCGGCAACGCGAGGCACCUCGAGGUGCAGCUCCUCGCCGACCAGUACGGCAACAACAUCUCCCUCUUCGGCCGCGACUGCUCCGUCCAGCGCCGCCACCAAAAGAUCAUCGAGGAGGCGCCCGUCACAAUCGCCAAGCCCGACACCUUCCGCGCCAUGGAGGACGCGGCCGUGCGUCUCGGCCGCCUCGUCGGCUACGUCUCGGCCGGCACCGUCGAGUACCUCUACUCGCACGCCGACGACAAGUUCUACUUCCUCGAGCUCAACCCGCGCCUCCAGGUCGAGCACCCGACCACCGAGAUGGUCAGCGGCGUCAACCUGCCGGCCGCCCAGCUGCAGAUCGCCAUGGGCCUGCCGCUGCACCGCAUCCGCGACAUCCGCCUCCUCUACGGCGUCGACCCCAAGACGGCGGGCGAGAUCGACUUCGAGUUCAAGAACGAGCACAGCGCCCAGAACCAGCGCCGGCCGACGCCGACGGGCCACACGACGGCCUGCCGCAUCACCUCCGAGGACCCCGGCGAGGGCUUCAAGCCCUCCAACGGCGUCAUGCACGAGCUCAACUUCCGCAGCAGCUCCAACGUCUGGGGCUACUUCUCCGUCGGCACCCAGGGCGGCAUCCACAGCUUCUCCGACAGCCAGUUCGGCCACAUCUUCGCCUACGGCGAGAACCGCCAGGCCUCGCGCAAGCACAUGGUCGUCGCCCUCAAGGAGCUGAGCAUCCGCGGCGACUUCCGCACCACGGUCGAGUACCUCAUCAAGCUGCUCGAGACCGAGGCCUUUGAGGACAACACCAUCUCGACCGGCUGGCUCGACGAGCUCAUCUCCAAGCGCCUCACCGCCGAGCGCCCCGACACCAUGCUCGCCGUCGUCUGCGGCGCCGUCACCAGGGCCCACAUCGCCAGCGAGGCCUGCAUGGCCGAGUACCGCGCCGGCCUCGAGAAGGGCCAGGUGCCGUCCAAGGACAUCCUCAAGACCGUCUUCACCAUCGACUUCAUCUACGAGGGCUUCCGCUACAAGUUCACGGCCACGCGCGCGAGCCCCGACAGCUACCACCUCUUCAUCAACGGCUCCAAGUGCUCCAUCGGCGUCCGCGCCCUCAGCGACGGCGGCCUCCUCGUCCUCCUCGACGGCCACAGCCACAACGUCUACUGGAAGGAGGAGGUCGGCGCCACGCGCCUCUCCGUCGACGGCAAGACGUGCCUGCUCGAGCAGGAGAACGACCCGACGCAGCUGCGCACGCCGAGCCCCGGCAAGCUCGUCAAGUACGCCGUCGAGAACGGCACGCACGUCAAGGCCGGCCAGACCUUUGCCGAGGUCGAGGUCAUGAAGAUGUACAUGCCCCUCGUCGCCCAGGAGGACGGCGUCGUCCAGCUCAUCAAGCAGCCCGGCGCGACGCUCGAGGCCGGCGACAUCCUCGGCAUCCUCGCCCUCGACGACCCAAGCCGCGUCAAGCAGGCCCAGGCCUUUGUCGACAAGCUGCCCUCGUACGGCGACCCCGUCGUCGUCGGCAACAAGCCCUCGCAGCGCUUCGGCGUCCUCCGCGACAUCAUCACCAACAUCCUCAUGGGCUUCGACAACUCCGUCAUCAUGGCGCCCGCCCUCAAGGAGCUCAUCGCCAUGCUCCGCAACCCCGAGCUGCCCUACAGCGAGUGGAACGCGCAGUUCUCGGCCCUGCACUCGCGCAUGCCCCACAAGCUCGACGCCCAGUUUGCCCAGAUCGUCGAGCGCGCCAAGGCGCGCCAUCUCGAGUUCCCCUCCAAGGCGCUGCAGAAGGCCUUCCAGAAGUUCCUCGACGAGAGCGUCGCCGCCGCCGACGCCGACAUGCUCAAGGCCACGCUCGCGCCCCUCACCGACAUCCUCGACACGUACGCCGACGGCCAGAAGGUGCGCGAGCUCAACUUCAUCCAGAGCCUGCUCGAUUCGUACUGGGAGGUGGAGAAGCUCUUCCUCACCCAGGCCCAGGAGGACAGCGUCGUCCUGAAGCUGCGCGACCAGAACAAGGACAGCAUGAGCAACGUCGUCCAGACCGUCCUCUCCCACAGCCGCGUCAGCGCCAAGAGCUCGCUCGUCCUGGCCAUCCUCGAGGAGUACCGCCCGAACAAGCCGAACGUCGGCAACAUCGGCAAGUACCUGCGGGACUCGCUGCGUCGCCUGACGGAGCUCUCGUCGCGCGCCACCUCCAAGGUGUCCCUCAAGGCCCGCGAGAUCAUGAUCCAGUGCUCGCUGCCGUCCCUCGAGGAGCGCACCUCGCAGAUGGAGCACAUCCUGCGCUCGUCGGUCGUCGAGUCGCGCUACGGCGAGAGCGGCUGGGACCACCGCGAGCCCAACCUCGACGUCAUCAAGGAGGUCGUCGACUCCAAGUACACCGUCUUCGACGUCCUGCCGCUCUUCUUCGCCCACGAAGACCCCUGGGUGGGCCUGGCGUCGCUCGAGGUCUACAUCCGCCGCGCCUACCGCGCCUACGUCCUCAACGAGAUCGCCUAUCACAGCGACGAGACGGACACGCCCCAGUUCGUCUCGUGGGACUUUCAGCUGCGCAAGAUUGGCCAGUCCGAAUUCGGCUUGCCGCUGCAGUCGGGCCUGCCGUCGACGCCCGGCACGCCCGGCGUCGCCGAGCUCAACAUGAAGCGCAUCAACUCCAUCAGCGACAUGUCGUACCUCACGAGCAAGUGGGAGGAGGAGCCCACCCGCAAGGGCAUCAUCGUGCCUUGCAAGUACCUCGAGGAGGCCGAGGAGCUCAUCCAGAAGGCGCUCGAGACCAUCGCCUUCCACAACAAGCAGAAGAAGCAGCACAACGGCACGCAGAUGCUCGCCGACCUCAGCGGCAAGCGCCGGCCCUUCAGCGCCGUCAAGCGGGACGUCAAGAAGGACGACGAGCUGUCGGCCGUCAUCAACGUCGCCGUCCGCGACACGGAGAGCACCGAGGACCACGAGGUGCUGGCGCGCAUCCUGCCCAUCGUCCAGCAGUUCAAGAGCGAGCUGCUCGUCCGCGGCGUGCGCCGCCUGACCUUCAUCUGCGGCCACAACGACGGCUCGUACCCCGGCUACUACACCUUCCGCGGCCCUGAGUACGAGGAGGACGACAGCAUCCGCCACAGCGAGCCGGCGCUGGCCUUCCAGCUGGAGCUCGCGCGCCUCACCAAGUUCCACAUCAAGCCCGUCUUCACCGAGAACAAGAACAUCCACGUCUACGAGGGCGUCGGCAAGGCCGUCGACACCGACAAGCGCUACUUCACGCGCGCCGUCAUCCGUCCCGGCCGCCUCCGCGACGAGAUCCCGACGGCCGAGUACCUCAUCUCCGAGGCUGACCGUGUCAUCAACGACAUCUUCGACGCGCUCGAGAUCAUCGGCAACAACUCGUCGGAUCUGAACCACAUCUUCAUGAACUUCAGCCCCGUCUUCUCGCUCGACCCGCAGCAGGUCGAGCAGAGCCUCCAGGGCUUCCUCGACCGCUUCGGCGCCCGCGGCUGGAGGCUGCGCGUCGCCCAGGUCGAGAUUCGCAUCAUCUGCACCGAUCCGAGCGCCGGAACGCCGUACCCGCUCCGCGUCGUCAUCACCAACACGUCGGGCUACGUCGUCGACGUCGACAUGUACGCCGAGCGCAAGUCGGAAAAGGGCGACUGGGUCUUCCACAGCAUCGGCGGCACCAAGGAGAAGGGCCCGAUGCAUCUCAUGUCCGUCUCGACGCCCUACGCGACCAAGAACGCGCUCCAGCCGAAGCGGUACAAGGCGCACCUCAUGGGCACGCAGUACGUCUACGACUUCCCCGAGCUCUUCCGCCAGGCGACGCAGAACUGCUGGACCAAGGCCAUCAAGAACCAGCCCGCGCUCGCGUCGCAGCAGCCCAAGGUCGGCGACUGCGUCACCUUCACCGAGCUCGUCCUCGACGACAAGGACAACCUCGACGAGGUGAACCGCGAGCCCGGCACCAACACGUGCGGCAUGGUCGGCUGGGUCUUCAAGGCCCGCACCCCCGAGUACCCGGCGGGCCGGCGCUACAUCGUCGUCGCCAACGACAUCACGUACAAGAUCGGCUCCUUCGGGCCCAAGGAGGACAACUUCUUCCACAAGUGCACCGAGCUCGCGCGCAAGCUCGGCAUCCCGCGCAUCUACCUGUCGGCCAACUCGGGUGCGCGCCUCGGCCUCGCUGAGGAGCUGAUGCCGCACUUCAAGGUGGCGUGGAACGACGCGUCCAAGCAGGACGCGGGCUUCCGGUACCUGUACCUCGACGAGAAGGCCAAGAACCGGUUCAAGGACGAGGUCAUCACGGAGGAGGUGUCGGAGGCCGGCGAGAAGCGUCACAAGAUCGUCACCAUCGUCGGCGAGGAGGACGGCCUCGGCGUCGAAUGCCUGCGGGGCUCGGGCUUGAUCGCCGGCGCGACGAGCCGGGCGUACAACGACAUCUUCACCGUGACGCUCGUCACCUGCCGCUCAGUUGGCAUCGGCGCGUACCUGGUCCGCCUCGGCCAGCGUGCCGUCCAGAUCGAGGGCCAGCCGAUCAUCCUCACGGGCGCCCCGGCGCUGAACAACCUGCUCGGCCGCGAGGUGUACACGUCCAACCUGCAGCUCGGCGGCACGCAGAUCAUGUACCGCAACGGCGUGUCGCAUAUGACGGCCAACGACGACUUUGCCGGCGUGUCGAGGAUCGUCGAGUGGAUGUCGUUUGUGCCCGAGAAGCGCAACGGCCCCGUGCCCGUGAGCCCGAGCUCGGACGACUGGGACCGCGACGUCACCUACUGCCCGCCGCAGAAGCAGCCGUACGACGUGCGGUGGAUGAUCUCGGGCAAGGCCGACGACGACGGAACCUUCCGCACCGGACUCUUCGACAAGGACUCGUUCGUCGAGACGCUCGGCGGCUGGGCGCGCACCGUCGUCGUCGGCCGCGCGCGCCUCAGCGGCAUCCCCAUGGGCGUCAUCGCCGUCGAGACGCGCUCGGUCGAGAACGUGACGCCCGCCGACCCGGCCAACCCCGACUCGAUGGAGCAGGUCAGCAACGAGGCGGGCGGCGUGUGGUACCCCAACUCGGCGUUCAAGACGGCGCAGGCCAUCAACGACUUCAACAAGGGCGAGCAGCUGCCGCUCAUGAUCCUGGCCAACUGGCGAGGCUUCUCGGGCGGCCAGCGGGACAUGUACAACGAGGUGCUCAAGUACGGCUCCUUCAUCGUCGACGCGCUCGUGGACUUUGAGCAGCCCAUCUUCGUCUACAUCCCGCCCUUUGGCGAGCUCCGCGGCGGCUCGUGGGUCGUCGUGGACCCGACCAUCAACCCGACGGCCAUGGAGAUGUACGCCGACGUCGAGGCGCGCGGCGGCGUGCUCGAGCCCGACGGCAUCAUCGGCAUCAAGUACCGCAAGGAGAAGCAGCUGCAGACGAUGGCGCGCAUGGACCCGACGUACGCCGACCUCAAGAAGCAGCUCGACAACGCCGGGCUCUCGGCGGAGGCCUCGGCGGCCAUCAAGCAGAAGAUGGUGGAGCGGGAGAAGAAGCUGCUGCCCGUGUACGCGCAGAUUGCCGUGCAGUUCGCCGACCUGCACGACCGCGCCGGCCGCAUGAAGGCCAAGGGCGUGAUCCGCGAGGUGCUCGAGUGGACCAACGCCCGUCGCUUCUUCUACUGGCGCCUGCGGCGCCGCCUCAACGAGGAGUACAUCCUCCGGCGCAUGGCGUCGAGCCUGCUGACGACGAAGGAGCAGGGCACGGCCAAGUCCAACGACGCGCGGGCGCGCAACCUGCACCUGCUCGAGAGCUGGUCGGGCAUCGUCGGCUGGGACGGAAAGGACAGGGAGGUGGCGGAGUGGUACGAGAAGGAGAGGAAGACGAUUGGCGAAAAGGUCGAGGCCCUCAAGGCGGAGAAGCUGUCGGGCGAGCUGGGCGAGGUCGUGCGGGCGCACAAGGAGGCGGGCUUCAAGGGCGUCCGCGAGGUGCUGCGGGUGAUGCCGGUCGAGGAGCGGGAGGCGAUUCUCAAGUACCUCAAGGAGUAG